AUGAGGAUGUUAUGGAUUUCAUGCCUGCUGAUUGGAAGCAUCUCCUGUGUCCCUGCAGGGAAAAAAUAUGGCUCAGGUGCUGCUGACCCAGGCUGGCGGUCUGUUGCAUAUAACAGACCUGUGGCCUCUUCAUAUGGGGCUGCUUAUCCAGCUUCUCAGCCCAGUGGGUAUGACAGUGGUGCUCCACAUGGGGGCUAUGGAUAUGGUGGCUAUGCUAGCUCAGGUAGUGGUUCUGCAGGGGGCGCCUCUUAUGACUUUGUUGCCAGCUCUGGUGCUGAAAACCCAGAGCCGGUCUUCAGUGACGUGUCUGAUCUGGAGCCAGUCUACGCCUUCAGCUCUCACUCAAGGUACCAGCAAGGAAGAGCAAUGUAUACUAAAACUCGCUACACCCCAGGAGAGCCUGGUUCUGUAGGCAUGCUGGGAUCAGGAGCCACCGGUGAAACCUCAAACCAGAACUAUCCUGUUAAAGGUGGCUACUGAAAGGACCUUCUGGUCUGCUCCAGAUGACUCAUUGCUGUGAUGCAACUGUUAACAAAAGCAAAUAAAACUGUGGCUGUCAUGACAGCUUUCUUAA